AUGGUGGAGAGUGGAAAUAGAUUCUUUUUUACAACCCUCAGGGACUGUUUUGUAUUCUUUGAUUGGUUGAAGACUGAACCUGAGGGGAGGAAAACGCACGAUGACGUGGCCAAGAAACUUCAUGGGCUUCUUAAAGACUAUUACGAUGAUAGUGAACUUACGGAAGGUAAAAUUAAAUCCAAUUUGACCAACUUCCUUUCCAAAGUAGACACCUUUUAUAAAAAAUUGGUAUCUCAACACGUUCCUCAAGAAGCACUCGGAACAGCCGCCUCAAUUAAAAAGGGUGCCACACCGGAAGAAUUUGUCGACGCUCUCCUGGAGUGUCUUCCCAAGUUCCUCGCAGCGAUCUACUAUCUUUGGUAUUGCGUGUCUCACAAGUUCAAGUCACUUGGAGGCGGGGGGUGGGAGGGUAAUUACCCUGGGUGGGAAGAGGAUCGGAGUUGGUGGGGCACGAAAGGUUGGGGCGGUGACCUGCAGAAAUAUCUCAGAGCGCAAACAGGCGGUGAAUACGGUGGCCUUAUACCCGGUGGCUUCAAUAGAUAUGAGGUGAGAGAUGGAUGGUCUUACAAUGGUUACAGCCGUGGUUAUUCUAUGGUAACUGCCCUCAAAAACAUCUUCGAAAAAAAAGAUGAUACGGCGCAAAAUGUUUUUCGCGAUGUGUUCGCCACUUCGGUGCUAACUACCGCAUCUGGCACCCAAAUUUCUAACACUGCAAAUGCUCUUGCAUUGGUGAACUUGUUUUGCGAGGUUGUGGUUGAGGCGGAUGAGAAUGGAAAUGGUGACGAGUUUAAAACGCAUGUACAAUUAAAAAACGGUUGCGUACAUUGGGGCUUUUUAAAAGAUCAUUGCUCCACACUGAAAUCCCAAUUUGGCAAGAUUUUCAAUGAUAAAGCCUUUUCCUUCACCGGCUACGGACGGAAACGUGGAGAGCUUAACCAGGAAAAGUUUGCAAAGAAAACGGCAGAUUGGUUGCGAAGCAAUUUGGAUGAGGUGCGGCGGAAUUUGGAGAAGAUUCAACGUUUCGAAAGCGAAUAUGAUGACCAUGCACAUGAAUUCACAACGUUCAGGAAACAUCACACCAUGCUCCAGGAAUAUUACGCCGCGCUCGGUCCAUAUUUCACAAAAAAUCUUUUCCCCUACGGUUUCACUUUCUACGGGGAAAAAGAACACUUUAAGACAAAUGCGCCUUUUGAGGAUUUUAGAGAGGAGUGGGAUGGUGUAAUCUUUGAGCUUAGAAGAAAAAAUGGCGGCUUGGCAGAGUUAAAAAGCAUUCUGGAUGGUAAGGGGUGCCAUCCGCCGGCUCCGCCCCCAAAACCCCGACCUAGGCCGGCGCCUGCGCCAAGGCCCCCGAGGCCUGCCAGGCCUGCACCUCCACCCCGGCCUUCCGGGACUCCUGGCAGGACAUACGGUCCAAGAAAUGUCGGAGGUUGGUCGUCUGUUGAGAGUCGGGCUUCUGGUGCUAGAGGAGGGGGAGCGCAUAACCGUAGAGGCGAAACACAAAACAGGGUAAUGGGACCGGGGGCUCAGGGAGGUAGAGGACAAGGGCCAGAGCCUCGAGGUACUGUAGGCGCUAAGGGCACACAGAGAAGCAGUAGUCCAGGGCGUACGAUGUCUACUCAGUCUCAACUCCUACAUCGUCAAUCUACUCCCCAGUCUCAUCCUACACCUGCUUCCCCCAGUGUUCUCAGUGACCCUAGUUCACCGGCUGCAACACUUCCGACUCCAGCACGCCUUACGUCUCAAGCCCCUGCGCCUGCUCACUCAAGUGCGUCCAGCUCAAGCUCUUCGUCAUCUAGUGUCAUCGAUACCGGUGGUACGGGGCUGGGUCCCCAGGCGGCCGCUUCUGGACAUAGUCAAGGGAGUAGUCAAACAUCCAUGGGCAGCACGGUUACCCUUCCUCAUGCAUCGCCUGUCCUGGAACCUGGUAAACAGAGCGGUCCCUCCCAAGACAGUAUGCAACCUGGGAUUUCGGAUCCUUUAAGUUCAGGUUCUACGCAUUCUGGUGGCAUGGCGCCUGCUCAGCAUUCUCCACAAAGUACUCCAGUCUCCCAAGAUAAUACAGACGCCCGUAUGGGGAUCGUCGGCCAGCCAUCCCAUACCCUGCCUUCUAUUCCAGGUGCUGGUGAGCGUGCAGGACUGGGUGGUGUGCCAAGCACCGGUGGGCAUUCAGGGGACAGUAUUACCACAGCCACCGAGCCUGUUGCCUCUCUAAGCGUCGAUCUAUCCCAGGUUCAAACUGCUCCAAGAGAUGUUCAGUUUGCUGGGCAUAAUAGUGAUCCAGGCAGUCCAGGGACUUCUUUGACACAGGCUGGGCCAAGUCACGGUGGAGCCCCGGGGCCCAUCGGUACGCACGUUGCUCACGUUCCGGAUUCAGACAGCAAGCUUUCUUCGAGAAUACAACCCUCUGGCCCUUCAAAUGUAAGCGACACUCAGAAUUCAAGGGUUCAAACCGCAGACUCUUUGUCACCCCCUGACCAUGAUACUGCUCAGGAUCCGAAAGGCCAGGCACAUACCCCUACGCAACGAACUUCUCAUCAAUCUUCAGGCCUUAGAAGUGCCCAUCAAGGCACCCCCGGCGCAGACAUUCAGCCAUCCGCUGCAAAUCGUGCUGAUCCAGGUGGAGGAGGAGGUGCUGGAGGGGGUGGGGGGUCGGCAGGUGGUACGGAUGGCGAUUCCCUGGUUGUCUCUCAACCUGGUCAAGCACCUAAAGCCUCUCAACAUUCUGUUCAACUUCACACCCCAACUAUUUCAGCCACAGACCCUCCAUCAUCUGGUAUCCCUGGUCCACCGGGUGAUGUGGGCCCUACUCUCCAAUCGCCUCCUCAGGUAAAUCCUCAUGGCCACACGGGUGAUUCAGGCGGUCAUAGCCCAGCAUCCAUUCCACAGGCUCCCGGCCCAGAUCCUCUCAGUGAUUCCGAUAAUGCAGUUACAAGAGGUCAACAACAUGUUGGAACUCAGGAUAAUGGAUCUCCAGGUCAGCCAGGCCCUACGCCGUCUGUUCCUCCACCCCCACCUUCUGCCCCUCCCACAACCACAGCUGCAGACCCUUUGAGUUCUCAGAACAGUAUACAUGGACCCAAGGGGACCCCAGGUAUUCAUGGUCCACCGAUUGUCGAGAUUCAGGAUCCUAGUUUGAAAGGAAACGCAGACUCUACGGAACCUCUAAAUAAACACGCAUCCUCUACCUCCGUUGAUGUACAUGACCCCCCUGGUAGGUCAGGAAGCGUGACUCCGGAUACAAUGUCAGGUAUACUUCAGACUCCACAGCCUGAUGACAUUCACGGCGCUGUGCUCACUCAGCCCUCAAGUGUCUCAGGUUCACGGCCUUCCUCAAUUGCUGCCUCUCCUGCCGGUGGUGGUCAGGGCCCGGAUGACCAGGCGUCUCUUUCGGAUCCUAAUCUGCCACAUGCUAAAAAUUCCACGGGCAGCCCGGUAACCCUUCCCAUUACCUCCCCAGUUAUGCAACCUAGUCAAGGUGGCGGUGGAGAUGCAGGGAGUGGGAGCCCAGGGGCGACAAUCGGUGACCCUAAUUCGCCAAGUAGACAGACGGCUGAUAACAAUUUAGGGUCUUCUGGCAUAUCUAUGAAUUCGGGCAGCGAUGCGUCGCAUCAAGUAUUACCUCAGACCUCAAUACCGGAGCCGCCCCAAAUUGAGCUUGAGAUUGAUAAGCUUUACACUCCGGAUAUGAUUUACGGCGCUGAAAAGAUUCAAGGAGAACCACUUCCCGCGGUUGGAUAUAAGAGAAUUGUGCCACCGUCCGAUACCUAUUCCAAUGUACCUCCGCACGCCCCGUCUCAUGCAAAAUUCUAUCCAAAUUUUACCACUGUCGAAUUCGAGGACAAGUGCGUUCCUCCCUGGAUCACGAAGACAAAUAACGACAACCUGCAAGAAUACCCCGACACCGAGCUGUUCCCCUCCGAGCCGCCGCGUACAGUCAGGGAGAUGCUUAUUUGGCUGGUCGGACUGCAGAACCCGAAGCAUCUUGACACUAUGAAACGAUGUAUUGAGAAGGUUUUCAGGAGCGUGACCGAUGUCAUACACGGAGAGCUCAAGCUAUCUGCCAACGAUUUUCACAUCACAGUUGACAACGUAGUUGACGUCUUAAGACUUACCUCCCUGUUUGCAGCUUCAGUGCUAUCCACCAUUGAACCUGCGUGGAAAGGUAACAUCUCACUAUCUGCUACAUUCAAAAGUAAGGACUCCGACCAAUCCAAGGACCCUGAUUGCUGCACCCUCCUCUGCCGGCUGCGGGAUUACGUCUACGCCUGCUGCCACCAGUUGGCGUUCCUAAAGUCGCAGUGUUCUCGGGAGCAGUCACAUGGUGGUUGGCAGAAUCAUGAGUAUGGCCAUGGUGUGUCUCCCCAAAAGUCACCCCUUCAGGCCUUUCUGACCGACGCCCAUGACUCCAAGUUCACGACAUACCCCUUCGACCCGUGCAACGUCUGCCUCAAGAGCCGUGUCAGGAUGGGAUUCAGGGCAGAUGAUUUGCCUGACAAAUUGGAAACUGGCAACGUCCUUCUCACUAUCCUCUCUCCCACCUGCGGCGGCGACGAUCCGCGGACGCCGCGCACCACCGGGGAGCUUGUCUCGUUCUUCCACAAUUUCGGGAAUGAGUUGCACAAUGCACCUUCAGAGUUGUCCCCACUGGGCUCCGCCCUCUCAACUCCACAUGGCCACUGCCCCGACUGGGACCGUCUUGGUGACGCCGACCUCCAAGCCGUCCAGGGUCUCCGUGGCUCUGACUCUCUCAACUCCAUCCACCACGACAAGGACAAAGGUCAUCCCAAGACCCUGUCCACGCUGCUUGGCUGCGGCAUCGAUAAUGUCAACUGUCAUCCACAUAUGACGCCCAUCACCUACCGGGCCGACGCCCUGUACUCCCCGAGCUUCGCCCACGCCUACCUCAGCUGGACGGUCUACCUAGCAGACAGACUGUGGGAGUCACUGACCAAGCUGCACUAUGAUCUCGAGAACCUUCAAUGUCACGACUCCAAGCUCAAGCCCCUACACCGCCGUGACAAGGCCCUGCUCCUCCUCUAUUCUCACGGGUUCACGCCGCCCGAGGGUGUAUCGCAGCCUUCACUCACGUGUUCCAAGGUAGUCGCCAAGCUGGAGGAAGUGGUCUCGGGUCAGCCUAUCGCAACGCUUAUGACAUGCAUGGAUAUAUUUCUCUACAGAGUUCGGAUGCCAUUCCUCUACACUCUGUUCACAGUGUGGUCUAUCGCAGCGGUCUUCCUCACCUACACGACGCUAUAUCGCAUCGACUUCCUGCGCAUACGCUCUCACUUCGUGCGCUCCAAGGCGUCACACCUCAUCGACGUCAAGGCACUACUCACGCACGGGAGGAGAAUGCUCUCACUCUACAGUGACGUCGACUAUUUUGACGAUGAUAUGGCGGAACGGCUUGACGGCUCACAGUAA